GGGAGCCGGAGGCAGGGCCGGGGGCCGCUGCCGGCACGGAGGGCGGCGGACACGCACCUGCCCGGCCGGCUGCCCCGAGCCCUGCCUCGCCCAGCGAGCAGCAGUCCGCCAGCCGGGAGGGAUGCGCCGCGCCACCCAGCUCCUUUUCGCCCCGCCGUGCCCUAAAGCAGAAAGUUUGGGGGUCUGGGGCUCUCUCCCUCCGCCCUCUCCAAUGACUGCCCAAGGUCUCCGGCCGCCCGGCCUCGACUGUGACCCGCCUUCACUCCCCAGUUUGGAAUGAGCUCUUUCAACCAGUACCGAAGGCUUCUUUAUCGCCCAUCGCUUACCCACCUUUAAAAAUCAGAUUUUUUUUUUAAAUUCAAGAAAUUGUGAUCUUGCGGUCCCCCUGCUUGUGAGUACUUUGUACCCCAGGCCUCGUGUCUGAGUGUCAGAGGGGUGCCGUUUCCCCAAGACGGCGCGUUGGAAGGACACACACCAUGAAGAGGUGCAGGUCGGACGAGCUGCAGCAACAGCAGGGAGAGGAGGAUGGAGCCGGGCUGGAAGACGCUGCCUGCCACCUGCCGGGUGCGGACCUCCGGCCUGGGGAGACCGCGGGUGCUAACCCUGCUGGUGCACCAAGUUCGGACACGAGCGCUGCAGCGGCGCCCAGGCCGGGUUCCCGGAACAAGCCCCCUGAUCUGAAGAAAAUCCAGCAGCUCUCUGAAGGCUCCAUGUUUGGCCACGGCCUGAAGCACCUGUUCCACAGCCGCAGGCGGUCCCGGGAGAGGGAGCAGCAAGCGUCUCAGGAUUCUCAGCAGCAGGGCAUGUCUGACCAUGACUCCCCGGACGAGAAGGAGUGCUCCCCAGAGAUGCACCGUGUCUCCUAUGCCAUGUCCCUGCACGACUUGCCUGCACGGCCCACCGCCUUCAACCGCGUGCUGCAGCAGAUCCGCUCCCGGCCUUCUAUCAAGCGUGGCGCCAGCCUGCACAGCAGCAGUGGGGGCGGUAGUAGUGGGGGCAGCAGCCGACGCACCAAGAGCAGCUCCCUGGAGCCCCAGCGUGGCAGCCCCCACCUGCUGCGCAAGGGCCCCCAGGACAGCAGCCUGGCCGCCAUCCUGCACCAGCACCAGUGCCGCCCCCGCUCCUCCUCCACCACCGACACUGCCCUGCUGCUGGCUGACGGCGGCAACGUGUACCUCCUGGCUGAGGAGGCGGAGGGCAUCGGGGACAAGGUUGACAAGGGAGACGCGGCCACCCUGAACCUCCCCGCCGGCUCCAGCCAUGGGGACUCUGAUGGCCCCAUCUGCCUGGACGUGCCGGAAGGGGCGCCGGACCCCCAGCGGACCAAGGCCGCCAUCGAGCACCUGCACCAAAAGAUCCUGAAGAUCACGGAGCAGAUCAAAAUUGAGCAAGAGGCGCGGGACGACAAUGUGGCCGAGUACCUGAAGCUGGCCAACAAUGCCGACCGGCAGCAGGCGUCGCGCAUCAAACAGGUGUUCGAGAAGAAGAACCAGAAAUCAGCGCAGACCAUCGCGCAGCUGCACAAGAAGCUGGAGCACUACCGCCGGCGCCUGCGGGAGAUCGAGCAGAACGGGCCCUCACGGCAGCCCAAGGAUGUGCUACGGGACAUGCAGCAGGGACUGAAGGACGUGGGCGCCAACGUGCGCGCUGGCAUCAGCGGCUUUGGCGGCGGCGUGGUGGAGGGCGUCAAGGGCAGCCUCUCCGGCCUCUCACAGGCCACGCACAGCGCCGUGGUGUCCAAGCCGCGGGAGUUCGCCAGUCUCAUUCGCAACAAAUUCGGCAGCGCCGACAACAUCGCCCACCUGAAGGACCCGCUGGAGGACGGGCCCCCCGAGGAGGCGGCCCGGGCGCUGAGUGGCAGCGCCACGCUCGUGUCCAGCCCCAAAUAUGGCAGUGACGACGAGUGCUCCAGCGCCAGCGCCAGCUCUGCCGGAGCUGGCAGCAAUUCCGGGGUGGGGCCAGCGGGAGCCCUGGGAAGCCCCAAGUCCAACGUGCUCUACGGAGCCCCUGGCAACCUGGACGCUGUGCUGGAGGAACUGCGAGAGAUCAAGGAGGGCCAGUCGCACCUGGAGGACUCCAUGGAGGACCUGAAGACCCAGCUGCAGAGGGACUACACCUACAUGACCCAGUGCCUGCAGGAGGAACGCUACAGGUACGAGCGGCUGGAGGAGCAGCUGAAUGACCUGACCGAGCUCCAUCAGAAUGAGAUGACUAACCUGAAGCAGGAGCUGGCCAGCAUGGAGGAGAAGGUGGCCUACCAGUCCUACGAGAGGGCACGGGACAUCCAGGAGGCCGUGGAGUCCUGCCUGACCCGUGUCACCAAGCUGGAGCUGCAGCAGCAGCAGCAGCAGGUGGUGCAGCUGGAGGGUGUGGAGAAUGCCAACGCACGGGCACUGCUGGGCAAGUUCAUCAACGUGAUCCUGGCACUCAUGGCCGUGCUGCUGGUGUUCGUGUCGACCAUCGCCAACUUCAUCACGCCGCUCAUGAAGACGCGCCUGCGCACCACCAGCACCGCCCUCCUGGUCCUCGCCCUCUUCUUGCUCUGGAAGCACUGGGACUCCAUCACCUACCUCCUGGAGCACGUGCUGCUGCCCAGCUGAGGGCCUUGCCCAACCCGUCCGUGCUGCCUGCCUGGCCCGUGCUGGCCACAGGGGAAUCCCCAGUGCCUGCGACUUCUUCGUGUGUCUAGUUUGGCCUCUGUCUCCCGGCAGCCCCAGCCCCUCCUCUGUACCCGCUCUGUCUCAUGUCUUCUCCCUGCUGGUCCCAAAGGGGCCUUGGUUGGAGCCGGUGGGGACCCUGAGACUGCAUCAUGAGUUACCAUCGCACGAAGACAUCUCCCAGCCCAGCCAAGUGAGGGGUGCGCAGGGUCAGGAGGGCUUCGGGGAGGAGAAAAGCUCAGGCCCCCUGCCCAUUUCCUCCAGGAUUGGUGGGAGGCUGGCUCCCUAGGGAGCCAGUGAGCAUGGCCUGUCUUUGAGUUUCCUUACCCACCUGUCUGCCCAUUCCUGGAUCUGCCACUUUCAGGGAAGCAGUCCCCAGGGGCCGCAGCCCCAGCCUAAGCCCUGAGGCCUCCAAGGUCUCUGGGAGCACACUGGGUUCUGUGUGUUUAUUUAUUUGUUCCCUUGUCCCUUGCCCACACCUUCCCUGCCAACCUUGGUUGCGGAGGGGAGGGCCCACACUGACCCUCUCUGCAGCUGGGGUUCUUCUGGGCAUCUCUAUACCACGUGGCCUCUGCCUGCUCAGGCUGGGGUGCAGGGCCAAGCAAGGGCGUGGCCUCUCUUUUAUAUGUCUAUUUAUUUUGUACGUGUGUGCCCGUGUGGAGGAGGAUGCCUGCCUCUUUAUUUUUGUAAGGCUCCGGAGUGUUGUGUAUGGUUUCUCUUCACAUCCCAGUCUCCCCAUGGCCACUUCCCAGCAGAGGGAAUUUCUUGGGAAAGGAUCCAGGGGUCCCCAAAAUGGGGAGGGCAGUGCCUGGGGCCGCUGUGCACCUGCCCAGGAAAUAAACACCCUCUCAGUUUUCA